UACAAACCAUGAUGAAAGACAAUGCUCAUCCUUCUCCCUUUAAACUGAAACUUGACCAUCAACUCGAACAUCGACAAGAAGCAGAAGAGUUCACUAUCGAUGCUAAUGUCAAGAUUAUCCGACAAGGGUCUCUUUUACAGGAUGUCUGCUUCUCCUCCACUGUCGACAAUUUCAUAUUUGAAGACGAAGAUUGUCCGGAGAAAGUAGAACUCUACGAGCUAUUUAUCGACGCUGGAAUAGUCGAGUUCGAUGCUCAGUUUAUGCUUAUUGACAUGAUUUUGUACGUUUCUGAAAAAACAAAGUCGCUUGAUGACGAUUACAAAGGAGUUUUAACGUUGACGGUUGAAGUCACGUUACCACCGGAACCGGUCGAGCUUAACUAUGCCGGUUCGGAGCAAACUCAAUCCCACGAAGCAAUUGCGACGAAGACGGUCGAGCAAUGGUUGAAACCAAAUCAUAAAAUACAAAAAACCGUGUACAAAAUUGGGGCUGAUGGUGUUUCAUUAGUCCGAAUCGCACAAGGUAGCUAGGUAGGGUUUGUUACUUGUAAGAGAAGCAAGACUUAGGGUGUUUUAAUCCUUUUGUUUUCCUUUUUUGGUUAACAGUUUUGUGUUCAUUAACUCUAGCUAAUACUAAACAAAUGAAGACUUAUCUACAAGGUCCAUCUGAAAUUUUGGGGGCUAUAGAAAAUUUCUUGAAUGUAUAAUAUUUUUUUAAAAGUUUGGGACUAUAAUUCAAUACUUCACUAGCAUAUGGCUCAGGACCGGGCAUGUUUAACCAUUGUUAAGCAGAGAUGACACUUUGUGUAUGA